AUAUUGCUUUUUGUCAAAGUUCAGUUGACGAUUUGCUCUCGUAUUUUGUGAUUUUACAACAAUUAAUUUAGCCAACUAGUUUAUAAUAAACAAAGCAUUAAGUCCUAUUUAAUCAUUCCAUUAUAAUUUACCCCUAAGUGUUUUACUAUGAUAUCAUGUUUUGCGCCUUAUCAGUAAGCAAACAAAGCCUACCAUAUGAAAUAUUGUGAACUAUUAUCUGCACACCACUGUGUUUCGGAGUUUCUUGUGAUCCAGACGUUCUCUCGAGAGUCCCACCAUGAAGUUCGCGGAGCACCUGAGUGCGCACAUCACGCCGGAAUGGCGGAAACAAUACAUCAACUAUGAGGAAAUGAAAGCAAUGCUGUACACAACUGUGGAAGAAGCUCCAUCAGCCGAGAAUGUGGAGCCCGAGAUACUCUCUCGACACUUUGCCAACUUUGAUGAGACUUUCUUCCACUACUGUGAUCAGGAGCUCAAGAAAAUCAACACAUUUUAUUCAGAAAAGCUGGCCGAAGCGACCCGCAAGUUUGCAACACUUCAGAGCGAGCUGAAGUCUCACUUCGACACCAUCAAGCCCAAGAGUGGGGGCGACAAGAAAGCACCCCUGCCGCGGCGGAAAGUGCAGGAACUAAAACUGGCCUUCAGUGAAUUCUAUUUAAGCUUAAUCCUACUACAAAACUACCAGAAUCUUAACUACACAGGUUUUAGAAAGAUUUUGAAAAAGCAUGAUAAGCUCCUAAACCUAAGCAACGGCGCGCAAUGGCGAGCAGAGCACGUGGAGACAUCGCAUUUCUACACCAACAAAGACAUAGACAGACUGAUCAGCGACACAGAAGCGACAGUCACCAACGACCUAGAAGGGGGGGACCGACAGAAGGCCAUGAAGAAGCUGAGAGUCCCCCCGCUAGGGGAGCAGCAGAGCCCGUGGACCACGUUCAAAGUGGGGCUGUUCUCGGGGUCGUUUAUUGUACUGUUCAUCACUGUGGUACUGUCUGCGCUCUUCCACGAAGGAGGCACAGAAAACUUCAAAACAGCUUUCCGGUUGUACAGAGGCCCUUUCUUGCUCGUAGAAUUCAUAUUCCUCAUCGGAAUCAACGUAUACGGCUGGAGGUCAUCGGGGGUCAACCACGUGCUAAUAUUCGAAUUAGACCCCCGGAACCACCUAUCAGAGCAAGACUUGAUGGAAUUGGCGGCCAUUUUGGGCGUGGUCUGGGCGCUCAGUAUUCUGAGCUUCAUAUUCAGUGCCAGCCUCAGUAUACCGCCGUUUGUGAACCCGCUGGCGCUGGUUGUGAUAAUGUUGGUGUUCCUGAUGAAUCCACUGAAGGUGUUCCGGCAUGAAGCGAGGUUUUGGUUUUUGAGGAUAUGUGGUCGUAUCCUGGCAGCUCCCUUCGUGCCCGUACUAUUCGCGGACUUCUGGCUGGCGGACCAGUGGAACUCGUUCGCGGCGGCCUUCCUCGACUUCCACUACCUGGUCGCCUUCUACGCCAGCGGCUCCGACUGGUUUAAUGUUGAUAGCAAAUUCGAGUCCACAAAACUCUUCAUAAUAACCCGCGGGUUAGUCAACAUAAUCCCGGCCUGGACGCGGUUCUGGCAGUGUCUGCGGCGUUAUCGCGACAGCCGCGAGAUGCACCCGCAUCUGGUGAACGCUGGGAAGUAUAGCACCACGUUCUUUGUGGUGCUGUUUGCGACCCUGAAGACUAUUUAUAGUGGUUCCUACACCGACCCGUUCACCAACCCAUUCCUGUACCUGUGGUUCUGCUGCCAGCUGGUCUCCUCGCUGUACACCUACACGUGGGACGUGAAGAUGGACUGGGGGCUGUUCAGUUGCGGGCCCAACGCCGAGAACAAGUUCCUUAGGGAGGAGAUUGUUUAUAGUCAAGGGUUCUACUACUUCGCGAUAGUGGAAGACUUCGUGCUGCGCUUCAUCUGGACGAUCUCGUUCGUGCUCACGGAGAACAACCUGGUGAGCGGAGAGACCAUGACGUCGAUACUAGCGCCGCUCGAGGUUUUCAGACGUUUCAUCUGGAACUUCUUCCGUCUGGAAAACGAACACCUCAACAACGUGGGCAAGUUCCGCGCGGUGCGGGACAUCAGCGUGGCGCCGCUGGACUCGUCCGACCAGGCCGACAUCCUGCGCAUGAUGGACCACCCCGACGGCGUCCUCAACAGGCUUACGAAAAAGAAGCCAAAAAAGUCGAAGGAAAACGACAGAAAACCGUUAUUAAAAAAGGAAUCGAUACACGAUUUACAACUAGAGCUAGACAUGUCCUCCAAGAAUUUGUAACUAACUGUGAUACGUAUAGUACUGUACUUAGAAUCGUUGCUAAGAAAUGUUAUAUUAGUAUUAUUAUUGAAAAUAUAUUUAUAAAAUCAGCCAAUUGUA